UCAGUUUGCUCAAAUCUCUUGGUGAGUUCACAGCAGAAAUAAUUUGCAGAGUAUUUUUUCCCUAAAGAAUUUUCCUGGCACGUUAAAAUGAAGUUUUACCAAAUUUUUCCCUUAUUUUUCCUCUGCUGGACAAUUACUUUAAUCAAUGCCGAUAUGGCGAAUGUUAUAACGUAUCACAGGGAUUUGGUGGACAUUCCAUGUGAACACGAGGCUGAUUGCCACAAACAAGUGACCGAUGAAUUCACUAUAUGUCACAAAAAGCAGUGCACGUGCUAUGAUAAAUCCGGCCAGGAGAGUCUCUGCAAACCCAAGAUAUUCACAUCGGCAAACUUUGUCGGUGGAAGCUGUCCGUGUCCCAUCAAUGAUACCGUUUGUGAUCAAACCCGAGGGGUGUGCAUCUGCACUGAGAAAUUCACCGAAAGUUUGGACAAGAAGAGUUGCAUUCCUAAAGUUGUUCGUUUGAAUGAGAAGUGCGAGAACAACGGCCAAUGCUUGAAGUUCGAGCUGAACUCAGAAUGUGAUCUCAAUGCCAAAGUCUGCGUUUGUCAGCAGAAUUUCACGCAAAUUGAUGAUUCCUGCCAGAAAGGUGCAACACUCGGUACCCGAUGCCGCGCAAGUGCUGAAUGCCUCGAGAGAACACCAAAUUCCGUCUGCCUGGAACACAAAUGUAUCUGUGAGAUAGGAUUCGUCGCCAGGAAGAACCAGACUGAGUGCCUUCCAGAAACACAGUAUGGGAUGUCUUGCUCAGAAUCAGGGCAGUGCCAUAGAUUGGGUUCAGGUGCUAUUUGUGACAACGGUUUAUGCGUCUGUGACGCAGCACAUCAGAACAUCACCCUCGGCGGGAGUACAAUCUGCGAGAAGCGAAUUUCUGUUGGUGACACGUGCAAGGAGCACCAACAAUGCUUCCAUUCUCACCCACUCGAGCAGACAAUGGAAUGCAUUGGUGGGCAUUGCCAGUGCAUUGAGGGCUUUUCCGACAAGAAUGGCCAGUGUGAGAAAAGUAAUUGUCCAUGCCAGAUUGAAGUUUAUUUCUAUGGAAAAGAAAGGUCAUUUACACUUUAUUCUUUCUCUCUCUCUUUUUUUUCAUAAUUUUCACAGACUAUGCGAACAUUGGAAAAAUAGCAUCACCCAUUUUGCUUCUCAUCUGCAUGAUUGUCCAUAAAAUCCUCAAUUAGUGCUGGGCCUAUGGAAAAAAAGAACCACCAACUUUUAAGCGGGUGAGCAUCCCGCUAAAUGGCCAAACAUUUAGCAACCAAAAAAAAAUUGCCAUAUAGAACAAUUGUGCAGAAAGUGAGUCAUAUUGCUGGCCAUUUAGCAAAUAUUUUCUUUUUACAACAAUGUAAAAAUCCAUUGAUAAAUUAUUGAAAUAAAUGCGGUUUGGGUGCAAUUUUUCAUACAAAA